AUGGCGAUCGCACUUGGACUCCUCUUUUCUGUGGUGGUGGUCCUCCACCCGCUAAUCGUUCAUCUCAUUCCGGCGGUGCUGCUCUGCUUCUCAGGCCUCUUAGCCAAUCUGGUUCAGGCGAUUUGUUUUAUUUGUAUCUGGCCGAUUUCGGAGAAUGCAUACACAAGGUUAAACGACGUCGUUAAGGAAUUGGAUUGGCGGGUUCGUAUCCUAGAGUGUAUAGAGCAGGAAGAAACAGAAACCAGUCGUUUAAAGGGGGAAGUGCAUGAACUCGUACUAUCCAAUGCUAGAAAUGAUACCAAUCGUCUUCUGGAUCUGGUUCUCGCUCAGUGGUCAGGUUUCCUCGGCAGUUUAGUAGCUGUAGUAAAGACAUCAGCAAGAUACAGUCCGGUCAUAGGAUGGUCAAUGUGGAUUUCAGAAUAUGUUUCUUCAAGAAGUUGUGUCCAUGAUGCGAAUCUAAAGGACUUCCUUCUGCCCUUUUGGUUAUCUGUUGUGCUAGAGAGAACGGGUUUUGUUCAGGGUGAUCUUCUAGCAGCCCAGAGGCUUCCUGUCCCUAGCAAGGUUUUGAGUUCUGAUACUAAGGAUUUAGUUUAUGCAGUAAGACGUGCUUACUCUGCUGUUCCAUCCAUUUAUAUCAUAACAGUUGCUAUUCCUAGAACAUCACCUCCACCCACACUUGAAAGUGUAAUUAAAGGGGGACAUUCUGUGAAUCCUAAGCUCCUCUUUACUACCGCAGUACUAGUUUCUGCUUGUAGAAACAUGCUGGGAUGA